AACGUUAAUAUUUUUAUUAAACGUACACGCGGAUUCACCUCUGGUCUGGCCGUGUGCCGCGUGUUUGUUCGGUUUAAUAACAAUAAUAUAUUUUUAUUUAUUGAACGCCAAUAACGCGGUGGUACACGUCGAUCAUUGACACGAAAAUCGGUGCACGUUCGCGACACAUCAUAUUAUCGUUAUUUGUUGUAUUACCUAUAUAGUUUUUACCUGCGGUCGUAAUCAUCGUUGUUAACGUCGCGCCAGCACCCGGACCCGUGUGCCGCCCGUGUCGCCGCUCGCCGAGGAGUGAAUUUCGAAAACGGUUUUCGGGCGAGUAUCCGUAUCAUACCUGUGGCUGGGUUUUACGCGUUACCGUCACAUGUCGGAUUUGUCGCCGCCACCGCACGCAGAUCGCACGAAUUGACUCGACCAGAUAUUGUACAAAUUAAUGGUUCAACAACAAUCAUGUGACACGGGAACCGAAUGAAAACCUGUUUUGCAGUCUACUCUCUUGAACCCUCCGAUCGACGGUCAUAUUUUAUAGCGUUGACAACAACGAAGACAAAAGCUCUAUCAGUUUUGCGACAGCAGUGUAACAGCAUCAUCGGCGCAUCUACGUGGUGGACCGUCCGCAUUUAAUAUGCUACGCAUAUCAAAUUUCAGCAAACGACAGUGGUUGACGUUAAUCGUUUUCAGUAUCGCUGACUUUUGUAACGCCAUCUGCGUUUCAUUACAGGCUCCGUUUUACCCCCUAGAGGCUGAAAAAAAAGGAGCCACUGCAACCGAAUAUGGUUUGGUAUUCGGUGUUUUUGAACUGGUUGUAUUUUUAAUCAGUCCCAUUUAUGGAAAACACUUAAAUAGAAUUGGGCCCAAAUACUUAUUCAAUGGAGGGAUAUUCACAACAGGAAUAUGCGCAAUCUUAUUUGGAUUUUUGGACAAGGUGGAAGGUCAUUAUCCAUUCAUCAUAUUAUCAUUCGUCAUACGUAUUGUUGAAGCGAUGGGAAAUGCGGCGUUCUUGACAGCCAGUUUUGCCAUUAUUGCUAUGGAGUUUCCGGACAACGUGGCCACCACAUUUGCUUCUCUUGAGACAUUUUUCGGUCUUGGGCUGAUUGUUGGACCAACUGUUGGCGGAGCUUUGUAUCAAGUCGGAGGCUUUGUAACCCCAUUCUUGAUUUUAGGUUCUACACUAUUCCUUUCGGCUGUCAUGACUGCUUUUGUGUUGCCCGACCACCCCAACCGUAGAAAUGACAUUACUAGUGAUGCUAGUCUGUUGAAAGUAUUGAAAAUUCCUGGUAUAAUGUUAGCGGCCGCUAGUAUUAUCGUGACGUCUAUGAGCAUUGGGUUCUUGUCGGCCACCUUGGAACCACAUCUUAGACAAUUCAAAUUGUCUCCAAUGGUCUUGGGACUGAUGUUUGUCAUUAAUGGCGGUACUUAUGCAUUGACAGCGCCAUGGUGGGGUUGGUUGUGCGAUAAAGUGCUGCCCGCUAAAGUGGUAACGUUGUUGGGGUGCAUUAUACUCAUGAUCGGAUUCAGUCUUAUCGGUCCAGUGCCAUUUCUCGACAGGCCGACAGAAUUUUCCGUCACCAUACUAGGGUUGGUGAUGCACGGCAUGGGCAUCGGCGCACAACUUGUUGCAUCGUUCACCGACGCUCUGCGGACCGCCAUUCAGCACGGGUUUUCUAACAACCUGGAAACUUAUGGUCUGAUAUCGGGACUUUGGACAUCAACUUUUGCACUCGGAGCUUUUAUCGGUCCUUCCAUUGCUGGUAUACUAUACGAUAUCGUUGGAUUCAGUGCAGCUACUUUAUUUGUUAUCAUAUUAUCCGCGAUUGUGGGUGUGGCCGUAACGCUGUUUUUGAUUUUCUCCCGGCCACCGAGGUUGGUCAAAGACGUGCACAGCCUGGACAACCUGAUGGAUCCGCUAGUCAAGUCCGUGACGGAGAACGGUGCCGGUGGCACGUACACGAGCGGUCUCAUCACAUCAGCGCUCACGUGCCCGCCGCCGGAACGGCCGCCCGGCAUGGACGGGAUAAUCGCAUGCAGCAGUUACAAGAAUCGGUUGGGUACGUGGAACCGGAAGGAGAGCGAAUUGGUCAUCGGAAGCCACAUGGGCAACAGCUACGCCGACGAGACCAGAGGUCUGCUGGGCUGA